UAUACAGGGUCUUUCAGGAACUCAGGGUUAAAUUUCAAGAGAUGUAGUACUGCCUAAACGAAUAAAUAGUCUUAAUAAUGUUGGAUCCAAAUAUCUUUGGUUUCAUUGGGAAUUAUGAGACGUCUUCAACUGUGAACCUGUAUAAAAGAGUUCAGUGUCAUAUUGUUUUAUCUAGAACUACUACAAUUUAUCGAGUUAGGCUAUGCUCACAGUGUUCUAACGAAUGAAAUAUGUCGAAGUAAUCAAAUAUGUAUGUAUAUAGAUUCUUACGUGUGUAUACAUUUCGAUCUUCAGAUGUUUCGUCGUUCGCUGUUAUUAUAAUCUAAAUCUCGCACAGUAAGUAAUAUAAUGCGAUAUGGUAGUAACGAUAUCAUUCAACAGUAAUAACAGAAGAAUAUACCUUCAUACUUUAUUAUUGUAGCAUCCGUUUAUGUGUAGUAUUAUUCUACUUUUACAUUAUUUAAAUUAUAGUUCUAUGAGAAAAUAGUGUGUUGAAAUGUGUGAAAUUCAAUGUGUGUUGAAAUGAGCGGAGGUCAUAUUAAAUAUAUAUUAUAGAUUGGUGGAAACGACUUAUAAUUUUGAAACUAACGAUACCCAUGGAUCCAGUAGACGUGUUUAUUAAAACGUAUUCUUCCUUGUUUUAAUGAGUACUGAAUGUUCCUGAAGCUUUCAGAAACGCCUUCCUAUAUAUGCCUUUCAAUUGUCUUUUUGAAUAUCUGUACUUACGAAAAGCUAAGAUGCUUUCAUGACACAGUUAGAAUUCCACCAUGGGAAUUCAAGCGAAAAUUAAAUGAUGCUAUUACAGAUGAACUUAAUAGAAAAUUAGCUAACAAGGUUUAUCUUGAUGUUGGUCUUUGUAUUGCUCUUCAUGAUAUUACAAAAAUUGAGGAAUCAUAUAUUUUUCCUGGAGAUGGUGCAUCUCAUACCAAAGUAGUAUUUCGUUUCAUUGUGUUCCGUCCAUUUAUGGAAGAGAUAUUAAUAGGGAAGAUACGAAGCUGUAGUGUUGAUGGUGUUCAUGUAACAUUAGGGUUUUUUGAAGAUAUUGUAAUACCACCUAACAAAUUGCAACAUCCAUCAAGAUUUGAUCAAAUAGAACAAGCAUGGGUAUGGGAAUAUGAUACAGGAGAUGGUCAGAAACAUGACUUAUUUAUGGAUGCAGGAGAAAUUAUACGAUUCAGGGUAAUAAGUGAAACAUUCACAGAAGCAUUACCUACAGGACCAAAUAUGUCUGGGGAGACUGAGAAAUCAGAAGCUAAAAAUACACCUCCAUAUACGUUAGGAGCUGCUAUUGAUGAGCCAGGACUUGGAUUACUCACUUGGUGGGAAAAUACCUAAGAGUACAAAAAUAGGAAUUGAAACGUCUUCUGUGUGGAACGCAAAGGAAUUUGCUGGAACUGCUGCCCUGCUCCCAACGAAGCGUCAUUUAUUCGAUGAUUAGGCAGCGCGGUAGGUGUUCACGCAAAUAAUCGAACAGCUCUUGAGACGUUCCUGGACAAUUAGUUAACUCUAGCUCGUGUAAAUGUCGAAGCUGAAUCAAGCUCGAUAAUCCGCUACUUGUGAGCAAUGGGCACCCUGUGAAAAAUUUAUGUUCUUUAAUAGAAAUGAAUUUUUACCUUUUCUCCUUUGUGAAAUAGUAUAAAUAAAAAAGUUUAUCUAUACAAAGAAAUAAAUUUGAUCCAUUGAUCAAUGAUUCAAAUUU